AGCCAAAAAUUACACUCGGCAAAGUUCAAACAGGAUGCGUAUUAUGAAAACGAAACUUUUCGUUAUUUUAUUAAAAAAACGUGUUAAUGGCUCCCUUGAAAGCAUUUAAGCAAGCGGUUAUUGCCUCAACGCCAUUACUUCAUCACUCACAGCAACUCCCUGAGGCAUCGCUCCACCCUCUCAGCCUUAUUCUUCUGCACCAAGACCGCCACACCAGCGACUCCCUCACCCUCGGAGCAAGGUCCUGAAGCGUGGCACCGCAGCACCACCACUGUUUCUUAAACCUUCGGGAGAACUCAACCCUCUCUUACACAACAAGAUGAACCCACAGAACAACAACUUCCUCGACAACGGUUCCCCCACACACCCGAGCCUCGUGGACUGCCCCCAACGACACAACACCAGCACCCCCUUCGAAGGUGCCUUUGCCCUGGACCCUCGUGCCUCCGAUUGGAACAGACUGCCACCGCGCCUGGACGUUGUGAAUCACCACCAACAGUACACGCCGCAGCCCCACCUGGACCACGCCUUCGUACACACACACAACACCGGCAGUCUCUUCGGAGGUGCCGUGGCCCUAGAUCCUUGUGCCUCCAGUUCGGCCACGCCGCAGCAACACUUGGACCAGCGGGGCCCCAGGAACGAUAGCGACGACGACGACGACGACGACGAGGUGGAUGUAUAUGGAGGCGUGAACCUCGAGCAUGAGCCUGGGCAUGCUGACCCUGCAGGCACAAGCCACGCACCCCCGUCUUCUGGCUCUCCUGGGCACACGUGGUUGUACAACUUGCCGCCCCAGUCAGACCCGGACCUGGAGAGGCGACGGAGGCGGGCGCUUCAGCAGAGGCAGCGGCGCGAGAGGGAGCAGAGAGAGAGACAACAGCUUGAGAGUGACCUUCAGGACCAGAGGAGGGUCGUGGCAGCCUUGAGAAGGGAGGCGAAAUGGCUACAAUAUGUCCUGCAAAUACAUGCAAAUACAUGGGCAGGAGGCUUAGCAAGGCUGCCACAACUAAAUAGUUCCUGUAGCUCUCCUUCCAACUUCCAACUUCCAACCCCAAGUGGCUGUCCUGAUACUUAAGCCAUUGUUUUUGUGAGAGAAUGUGUGAAGCUGUGUAAUUGUACAGCCUUCGUUACUUUAUCAACACGUCUGGUGAAUGAAUGUUGUGUUUAAGUUUUGUACCCAUAACUGGCCGUCACUAUACUUAGGCCAUUGCUUUUGUGAAUGUGUGAAGCUGUGUAAUUGUACAGCCUUUGUAACUUUAUCAACACGUCUGGAGAAUGAACGUUGUGUUUCUGUUCCCUUCGGCAGUGUUUUUCUUACCGCAACCUUUUCCUGCGGGCGGCCUUUCCGUUUGGAGGUUAGUCAAGACCCCUGAAUAUCGACGCUGUGUCCGCCGUUUCUCUUGGUUUGAAAUAACUUACACUGAUUUUUUUUCCUGUGUGACAGAAGACAGUUUAAAAGAAGGUUAUGUGAUACAAAUAUUCCCCAAAGACCGGUGUUCCAUCUUGGUAAAGGAGAUGCGUAUAAAGAACAAUUGCACUGAAUAUAGGUGAAGAGUCUAUCCUGCUGACAUUUGCUAUAUGAUAGAACUUUAAUACUUGUCACCAUUAUUUCACCUAUUAUCCCUAU